GGCAGAGGAACUGGCAAAAUCUGAGUCAGAACGGAUAAAAACCUUCUACCAGACAAUCCUCUCAGUGCUCGUGGUAUUCAUCGUAGCGGCGCUGUCAGGCUACAAGGACAUCAAGGAGCUCUACUCGACCACGAACCACAAGAAAGCCGUUCCUGGUACAGGGUUGUCACCAUCCUUGUCGCGGUCACCGGCACGAUGCUAAUUGCGGCCAACACGGUCCUCGUCAUCGUCACCAACAGAAACAACACGGCGCUCUCCGUUGUUCUCGCGCCGGUGCUGGUGCUUGUCAGUGUGGCUGUGCGCACCGGAUCAUGGAUGGAGGAAGAGCGCAGCGCAACGCUCGGCAGCAGGUACGACAAGGUGAUGAAGGGCACCUUUGACAUGGCCACCAUUGGCACUAUGGCUUCCUUCGCUCUGCAGGGGACCGUCGCCUUCGGCUACCUGAAAACCCCUGACAACAACCAGGGCAAAGGCGACCCGCCGCUGGACCUUGCUGUGUGCUACGCCACCUCCACGUUCUCCCUGCUCAUGAUGAUGAUCUGCGCCAUGCCUCUGGUGCUUCUCCCGGCCAACAUGCUGGAGGAUCUCAUCAGGGUCGUCGAGAGGCUCAGGCAUGUCGUGCUCGCCGCGCUUGCUGUGAUGGCGCUGGUAGUCUCCGUGGAGUUCCUGGAGGGCUUCGUCGUGCUCUCCGUCUGCCCGGAGGCUGUCGCCCUGGUCCUGUAUUACGCGGUGGAGUUCUUCUCGCGUGAGGCCCGAGGGGGGAGCUUGCCAUGGCUGGACUUCGCCUUCCGGAUCGUUGCCGCCGUGGGAUUCUCGCUCAUGGCCGGCCUGUACGGGGCUUUCCUUGGGACCGACCACUACAGCGUGUACCUCAAGGCCGCCAUGUUCAUCCUCCUACUGGCAGUUCUGUCAAGCUUGAGCCGCUUGGCCAUCCCGCUUGACCUCCCUGAGGUGGGAGCAGCAGGAGCUGUUGAAAUGGGCAUCGCGGGCAUAGUGGUCGCCUUCCCGGCGGCGGCGCUCGUGGCUGCCAUUCCAUUGGUGCUCAAGGUAAAGGGUACGAUGCAUGACCCAGAGAUGGAUGCUCCUCGCGAAGACCUAGAGGAGAAGCCAUCUCAGGCAACAAAUAAGAUAUUGAAGCGCACCACAUCGUUCGCUCAAGGCACCAUUGCCACUGCAACCGGCUUCGUCACCGCAGGAUUCUCCGUGCACAAAGAUGUUCUCUUGCACCGGCAUGUUCUGGUGGCCGGCGGUUGCUUCCUGGUCAUUGCAUACCUAUCUGCUCUCCUGCUGGUAUACUUGAAACUGUUCUUGUCGGGAUACAGGCAGCUGCACAAGGGCCACAUCCGGUUCAUCCAGUUCCUCUGCGUGAUCAGCGGCGCGGCUCUGAUCGCGACGAACUCCCUGCUGCUGGUCCUCAUAAGUGAAGGCAACUUCUUGUUGUCUCUAAAUCUGCUGCCCAUACAGGGCCUCAUCGGCGUUCUCGCGUACCACGCGACGCCGACGGAGGAGAGCAUGCGCGACGAGGCGUUCGACGCCGGGAUCAAGAGCGGCCGCAAGGUCGCCCUGUUCGCCACGGCGGCGGCCUUCGCCGUGCAGACCACGCUCCUCUUCGGCUACCUCAGUAACUCCAGCUUCCGGGCGCUGGGCCACCGGUUCGACCUCUCGGUGUCCUUCCUGGCGUCGGCGCUCAGCGUGUUCCUGGUCGUGGCCACCUGCAUGCCGCUCGGGUACAGGACCGAGGCCUCGAGGGACAAGGUCCUGUCUCUGGUGAGGUACCUCAAGGACGCCGUCAUCGCCUUGCUCGCGGUGACCGCGGUGACCAUCGGCAAGGAGUUUCUCGGCGGCGACACCGUGCUCGCGCUCUUCCCGGAGAUCACCGUGGCUGCCAUGUACUACGCCGUGAACCUGUUCGGUGACGAGGCCCCGGAGCAGGGCCGCCAGCGCGACGCCGCCGCGGAGCACAAGAUGGAGGUACUGCCGACCGCCGUCGUGGCGACGUUCGGCUUCGGCAUGCUGGGCGCGGCGUACGCGGCGCUGCUCGGGACGCCGGAGUACGACGUGUACACCAAGGCGCUGGUGUUCACCUUGGUGUCCGCCGUCAUGUCCAGCCUGGGGCGCGUGGCGGGGCCGCUCUGCGGCCCGCGGCGCGACAAGAACGCGGCGGCGUGCGUGGUGUUCCUGAGCAACAUCCUCCCCGUCGUGGAGAUGCUGGUGGCCGUCCCGCUCGCCGCCAAGGUCGUCACCAACGUGCUCCCCGCGUCCUAAUUCUGUACUAUGAUGCACAUUGCGCACGCAAUUGCUGUUGUUGUUGUCAUCGUCGUCGGACUUGGUACUGGAGAUUUCUUGUUGUUCAGAGCAGUGGACUCAACUCUUGUAAUAUUGUAGCAUACUAUUAAUUUUGUUCACACACAAAAUAACCUGGAACCUACGUACUAUCUAGUAUCUAUGUUGUGUUUAAUUUAUGCAGCACUGCUGAUUAUAGCUGUAACAGAGCUAGUAAGCUUGAUUUCAGUAGC